UUCGGGGCGGGGCGAGUGGGGGGAGCGCCUAGUGAGACCGCCGGAACAAAGGUGAGAGGUAAAGCACGGAGACGUUUGAGAUCGCGGCUCCUCGGAGAGAGCGCGUUGGAGUUGAGUUAAGUUCCUUAUGACUUCCCCUGAAAUUGCUUCCCUCUCAUGGGGGCAAAUGAAAGUACAAGGCUCUACUAAAAUCUAUAAGGACUGCAAAGUGUGGCCAGGGGGAAGCCGGGCUUGGGAUUGGAGAGAAACAGGAACUGAGCAUUCUCCUGGUGUGCAGCCUGCAGAUGUGGAGGAAGUUGUUGAGAAGGGUGUGCAGACCCUUGUGAUUGGCCGAGGGAUGAGUGAGGCCUUGAAGGUACCCCCAUCAACUGUGGAGUACCUCAAGAAAAAAGGCAUUGAUGUGCGGGUCCUCCAGACAGAGCAGGCAGUAAAGGAGUAUAACGCCUUGGCUACCCAAGGCGUCAGGGUGGGAGGGGUGUUCCAUUCCACCUGCUGAUGGAGACUUAAGAGAAUAAAUCACUAAGCAGUGA